CGAAGUGUACAUGACGGGAGCAGUAGACGCGGGUGGUUGACUUAUUAACAGAAGAUAUUGACAAAAGCAUAUUCUAAGCAUAUUAUCAAGGAGGAGAUAAGUGUUGACUUAUUCCAUCCUUAUAACAUUUAUCAUGCCUCCUAUUCGGACAGCUUGUUAGUCUUGCUCUGGCUAGUAGAAGCCUUUCGCCCUUUUCUACCGCCUGCCUUCCUCUGUAGGCUGUAGCCUGGUCUUCUCUUUAAUUUUAUUAGUACGAUACUACUAUAUACUUUCUUCUUUUUUUGUUUUACUGAAACUUGUGUAUUUGAACAGAGCUGAUAGUGAGAGAAUAGCAACAAAAAUGAGCGAGAACAAGAAAGGAGAUUUAUGGCCUGCCAUAGGAAUUGAUCUCGGAACUACCUACUCCUGUGUCGCAGUUUGGGAGUGUAACAAAGUUGAAAUCAUAGUCAAUGAGCAGGGCAACCGUACGACCCCGUCUUCUGUCGCCUUCAACGAAAGCGAACGCCUAAUUGGCGAGUCUGCUAAGAACCAGGCUGCUCUUAAUACUACCAACACCAUCUAUGAUGCAAAGAGACUUAUUGGCAAAAGAUUCAGCGAUGAAACAGUACAGGAUGACAUAAAACUUUGGCCAUUCAAGGUUAAUUCUCAUGAUAAAGAGGAUAAACCUUUAAUUGUGAUCACUUACAAGGGUCAGAAGAAGCAAUUUUCCGCACACGAGAUAUCUUCAAUGGUUCUCUUGAAGAUGAAAGAGACUGCAGAGACCUACCUUGGCUCAGUUGUGAAGAAUGCUGUUGUCACAGUUCCAGCAUACUUCAAUGAUUCUCAGCGUCAAGCAACUACAGAAGCUGGUAUCAUUGCUGGGCUCAAUAUUAUGCGCAUCAUCAAUGAGCCAACAGCUGCUGCCAUCGCCUAUGGACUGGAUAAGAUGCUCACUGAGAGAAAAGAAGCAGCAAAGAAUGUGCUAGUUUUCGAUCUUGGUGGAGGAACUUUUGAUGUAUCUGUGGUCAGAAUUGAUAAGGAAGUAUUCGAAGUGAAAGGAGUAACUGGGAACACCCACCUUGGUGGAUGUGAUUUCGACAUUAAACUGGUUAAUCACUUUUUAGCUGAGUUUAAAAGGAAGUACAAAAAGGACAUGAGUGAAAAUCCCAAGGCUGUUGGGAGGUUAAGAGCUGCUUGUGAAAGGGCUAAAAGGAUGCUCUCAUCAACCACUGAGACUAGUAUUGACAUAGAUUGCCUUUUCGAUGGCAUCGAUUUCCGCUCAACCAUUUCCCGUGCCAAAUUUGAUAGAUUGAAUAUGGAUUUCUUUACAUCUUGUAUAGAUUAUGUUGAGAAAUGUUUGAGUGAUGCUAAGAUGAAAAAGGAAGAUGUUCAUGAUGUGGUCCUCGUUGGUGGGUCAACUAGGAUUCCAAAGGUUCAAGAAUUGUUAAAAGAUUUCUUCAACGGAAAAGAGCUCUGCAAAAGCAUUAAUCCGGAUGAGGCUGUUGCGCAGGGCGCUGCAAUUCAAGCUGCAAUCUUAAGCGGUGUACGUAACAAUCAGGACUUUACACUUUUCGAUGUCACUCCUCUGUCUCUUGGCGUUGAGCUAUUCAGUGGGAUAAUGCAAGUUUAUAUCCCAAGAAAUACUACCAUUCCAACAAAGAAAGUUGGGAUUAUGCUGGAAACGGUAUUCGACAACCAAGAAAGUGUAACGUUCCCUGUAUACGAGGGUGAGAGACCCAUUGCAAAAGACAACAAUUUCUUAGGAAAAUUUACACUGCACAAUAUUCCUCGAGCACCAAAAGGUCACCAGAAGUUUGAGGUAUGCUUUGAAAUGGAUGAUAAUGGUAUCCUAACUGUGUCUGCGCAGCAUACUGGUACGGACAACAAGAAUCAAAUAACUAUUACGGAUCACAGUGGUAGAUCUUCUAAAGAUGAGAUUGAUCGAAUGGUGAAAGAGGCUGAAAAGUACAGGGCAGAGGAUCAAAAGCAUAAACAUGAUCUAAACGCCAAGCAUGCAUUGCAGAACUAUACUAAUAAGACAUGGGAUUUGCUGAAAAGAUGCGGAAAGCAAAUUGCAGAGAAUGUUACCCAGGUUAUGGCGGAGGAAGCCAUUGACGAGACAACAGAAUGGCUUGAGCAGAAUUUUGAUGUCGACGACGCCAACAUAUACGAGGAGAAGUUAGGGCUACUUCAACAGAUUUGCGACCCUUUGAUUGAUUUACUCGCCUAAAUAAUCAAUUGAUACCAGUGUUGCUGUUUUAAUCCGAUCCUUGUCUGGGAAUUUCUUAAGCUUUCUCAACUUCUCUUAAGAUUUGUUUCUUUCUCCUUAUGUUCAUCCCUUAAAAGAAAAAUCAAUCAGGUGUCUGUACUCACUUAAUUAGAUUGCUCAUCUUCUAUAUUUAUACUAAUAUAUUAAAAGGCGCACGUAAACCAGAAACGGUGCCACGUGGCGCUCUCCCUAGGGAGUUUUAGUU